CACAGUUCCUACUUCUUUAGGGGACUAGGACCAGGUCAUGUAGUCAUGCUGACUGACUCAAGUUUAAAACAGCCCUUUAAUGGAAUUACAUACCGCCUGCCAGGUUACCACGGUGCCCUACCGUCUCCCAGGUUACCACGGUGCCCUACCGCCAGCCAGGUUACCACGGUGCCCUACCGCCUGCCAGGUUACCAAGGUGCCCUACCGCCUGCCAGGUUACCAAGGUGCCCUACCGCCUGCCAGGUUACCAAGGUGCCCUACCGCCUCCCAGGUUACCAAGGUGCCCUACCGCCUGCCAGGUUACCAAGGUGCCCUACCGCCUGCCAGGUUACCAAGGUGCCCUACCGCCUGCCAGGUUACCACGGUGCCCUACCGCCUCCCAGGUUACCAAGGUGCCCUACCGCCUCCCAGGUUACCAAGGUGCCCUACCGCCUGCCAGGUUACCAAGGUGCCCUACCGCCUCCCAGGUUACCAGGGUGCCCUACCGCCUCCCAGGUUACCAGGGUGCCCUACCGCCUCCCAGGUUACCAAGGUGCCCUACCGCCUCCCAGGUUACCAAGGUGCCCUACCGCCUGCCAGGUUACCAAGGUGCCCUACCGCCUGCCAGGUUACCAAGGUGCCCUACCGCCUGCCAGGUUACCAAGGUGCCCUACCGCCUGCCAGGUUACCAAGGUGCCCUACCGCCUCCCAGGUUACCAAGGUGCCCUACCGCCUCCCAGGUUACCAAGGUGCCCUACCGCCUCCCAGGUUACCAGGGUGCCCUACCGCCUCCCAGGUUACCAAGGUGCCCUACCGCCUCCCAGGUUACCAGGGUGCCCUACCGCCUCCCAGGUUACCAGGGUGCCCUACCGCCUCCCAGGUUACCAAGGUGCCCUACCGCCUCCCAGGUUACCAAGGUGCCCUACCGCCUCCCAGGUUACCAAGGUGCCCUACCGCCUCCCAGGUUACCAAGGUGCCCUACCGCCUGCCAGGUUACCAAGGUGCCCUACCGCCUCCCAAGGUGCCCUACCGCCUCCCAGGUUACCAGGGUGCCCUACCGCCUCCCAGGUUACCAGGGUGCCCUACCGCCUCCCAGGUUACCAAGGUGCCCUACCGCCUCCCAGGUUACCAAGGUGCAAACAAAAAACCAUGAGGAAAAGCUCAAGUCUGAAAAAAGAAAUACAUUUGUUUAUUUUUUUUAAAUGAGUGAAUGUCACUCAAUUUGGCUCUCAUGAAACAGUUGGUAGUGUGUUAUCU